GGUACCUUCGAGGGUGCCGCUAGAGUGCGCAUUGUGCUAAGAGGAGUUGGUUGCGGCGGAAACCCAGAAAGACUUUAUGAGAUAUGGGUGCGAAGGACUGUGCAAAUCUCUCCUCCUUUAGUCAGCGUUAUGGUACACACCAGACAAUGAUCCACAGACUGCAAGGAGUCAAACAUACUUCGCUACACUGGAACAUGCCGACGGAUUUACAAAAUUGGAUGAGGAGCCGAUUUUGUAAAAUGUAAAAUGUAUGUAAAAUAGCCUAAAGCGACUGUCCGGUUGGCACUUCAACUCCACAUUCUUAUUUCAUGGUCAAGACGAGGAUGACUCUUCUGUGGGUUAGCAUGUCCCUGCUUGCCUGGGUUCAUGCAGGUGAAGUAAAGAAUUGCCACCCCAGCUGCCACUGUGAAGUGGAGAGCUUUGGUCUGUUCGACAGCUUCAGCCUGACCAGGGUGGACUGCAGGGGAGUGGGACCCUCCAACAUCCCCAUCCCCCUGGACACAGCACAUCUAGACCUCUCCUCCAACUCCAUAGGCCUGUUGUCUGACACCAUGCUUUCUGGCCCCGGCUACACUACGCUGGUCAGCCUGGACCUCAGUAGCAAUCUCAUCAGCCAGGUCAGCUCCAAGGCCUUGUCCCGGCUGCGCUAUCUCCAGACCCUGGACCUGAGCCACAACUCUCUGGACAGCCUGGCUCAGGGCUGCUUCUCUGGCCUGCCUCUAGUGGAUGUGGACCUUAGCCACAACCGUUUCCGGGACUUUGACCUGGAUGUGUUCAUCACCAGGGGUCACGGCGAGCCAAUGAGUGUGGAUUUGUCCCACAACUGGCUGAGCUCGGUCUCCAGGGGCCCACAUGGGGGUGCGCUGCAUGUCCAGAGCAUGACACUAGCGGAGAACCGGCUGAGGAGCGUCCCCAAGUUGGUUGGAAUUCCAUUGCGGGACCUGAACCUGGAUGGAAAUCCUAUCUCCUGCAUUGAGGAGGGGGCGUUUGUGGAGCUGAAGGACCUUGUACACUUGUCUCUCAGUGGCCUCAGUGAGCUCUCAGACAUCAAACCAAACAGCUUUAGUGGCCUGCACAAUCUCCAAGUUUUGGACUUGUCCAGCAACAUCAAUCUCAAGACACUGACCCCAGCAGUGUUCAUUGGGCUUGUUUCCCUGCAGGAGCUCAAUUUGUCUAACUCUGGAGUAACAUCUCUGCCAAACAACAUGCUGAGCCACUUGCCUAGCAUUAGGAGUAUUACUUUAGGCCCAAGCACACAUUGCUGGAGAACUCAGAAACAAGGACAGUUUCACAGGCAGCUAGGUCAAAUCCAGUUUGACCACGUACUAACCUGUAACAUCAAGGGCAUUGUUUCUUGAGGCCCUUAUGCCUUCGGAAUGGACUACUCCUAUAACUGUGCCUUCUUAAAUAUGCAACUGUUUAUUCCUGUCAAACUUGAUCCUUGCUCUUAUAGAGAUAUUUAGUUGGUUUGACUGUAUACAAAGUAUACUUUAAAGCUUUAUGAAGCCUUCCUUAAAGAAGUUUCCAAAUGUUUAACCAUUUUGACACAGCUACAUGAGGUCCCUAUACUCAGUGCUAUAUGUUUGUCAUACCUUAUCUAGUUUCAUGAUCUUUACACCAGGCAGAUAUCCAAUGCUAAUUGGGUGAUAGACACCUUUAAAUACCUACUGUAGCAUGUGGCCCAGGUUCUAAUGCAGUUUCCAGAAUGUUCACUUCCCUACCUGAGCUCUAAACAUAACCCUAAACUAUACAUACUUAAAUGUACCAUUCCACCAUUUUAUGCCUAAAAAUGAAGCAUGUUGCCUCUUUAUGCUGCCUUCGUAACUGCAUUUGAAUGUGUAAUGCCAUUUCAGUAUAAGGCCAGGUUGGUUACAUAUGCCAUGUUCUUUAUGAAGGCCUCACUUACUCUUUAAAGUUAUACUUUGCUUAACAUUUUUGUUAUCCAACAAUUUGUAAUUUUGCACUUUUUCACUUGGGGGUGGAUUUCUUUUGCAUACAUGAACAUAAGACACAAAAUGUUUUAGCAUUUCUGUUGAAUCCACAAUGCUUUUUGAUACCUGGGAUAACAUUAAUAACUACCUUUAAAAAGUAUAUUUUAUUUUAAUGAGUAGUAUUUUUUUUUCUUCUUCAAAGUGUGGACUUUUCUAUGCAAACUUGUUCUACAGUUUGUUUGCCAGUUCCAGUAAUAUUUUUGCCUUCUGAUAGAAUGGACAGACUCUGGUUGUAGUUCAGUCAUGUUUACAUGGCCUCGGACCUUCAGCUUUGGCUGCUCAAUUUAAACAGACAGGUGACACAAUGAGGGCUGACAUGCAGUCUUAUAAUUCCAAAUGACAAAUAAAAAACAAAGGCUUUGUGUUCUAUAAAACUUUUCAUAGCAUGUGUGCUUGUUUUUAGAGUUCCUUCAGGCCGUGCCAUAACAUUUUAUUUGAAAUUUGUGUCAUUGAAUUGUAUUGUCUUCCUGUGAAUUUCUUUGCAUUCCUUCAUACAGAUAUGCAUAAAAGCAGACAUGUUUUAACAUUCAUGUUUUCUUAUCAAACAGAUACUCCAAAGAGCUUUACAGUUAGUCACAUUAGCAUUAGACACAUUAUUGUACGUUUAAUUGAUGUAACACUAUCUUAAUUGCAUCUGAUAAUGCACUGGGGAAAUCUGAAUUUUAUUAGAAAAUUAUUCAUUUUUUUUGUGUAAUAGAGUCUUUUGCUACAUUGGUGUUCCUGUGGUUUGUAGGUUGACCUAGGCGGACAAUCAUUUUAAUCACUGCAGAUGACAUAUUUUGAAUGUAAAACAUCUGUAAAAUGAUGUUUUUUUUAUCAACAGAGCUUAUAACUUUGUAUAUUAAAUAUAUUGUUUAAUAAAUGACUUUCUCUCUGAA